GAUAUCACAUGGUUUUCAUCACUUUGAUCAAAAGGAGAAGUUUUGAGUGAUACAGUCCACUUAAAGUAUCAACCUCAAAUAAACACACACUGAACACCAGCAGGUUGAAUAUGUCUUGUUUUGGCAAUGCAAACUCUCUUGAAAAGCAUGAAAUGGACCGAGAAGAUGUAGAGAUGAAUAUCUAUUCUAAUUCAGAUCUUAUAAACAUUCUGGAUGUCAGCAGAGAAACCGAGAACACCAAGAAACAGCAAACCCUUCAACAUUCAGGAAGUGAUUAUGUGUGGAUCAGAAACUACAGAGUAGCUACAGUGUGUUUGGUGCUGAUGUGUGUUUUUCUACUGACUGCAGUCUUAGUGCUGUACUCCCACAUCAAUACAAACAGCACAAACGAGACCAAAGAGAGGCAAGAGCUGCUAGCCAACCUUACUAUUGAGAGGGACCAGCUAGAGUCCAAGAGCAUUCGAAUUACAAAAGAGAGAGAAGAACUACUAGCCAACGUUACCAAGGUCACUAAAGAAAGGGAUCAGCUACUGUUUGAGAGCAUUCGAUUGACAAAAGAACGGGAAGAGCUACUAGCAAACAUCACAGAGGUCACUAAAGAAAGGGACCGGCUACUGUCAGAAAGCAUUCGAUUGACAAACAGGAGAGAAGAGAUACUAGCCAACAUCACAAAUCUUACUAAAGAAAGGGAUCGGAUACUGUCUGAGAGCAAUCAGUUGACUGAACAGAGGGAAGAGAUACUAGCUAACAUCACUAACCUUACUAUAGAAAGAGAUCAGGUACUGUCAGAGAGUACUCGAUUGGCAAAAGAGAGAGAAGAACUACUAGCCAACAUUACUAACCUUUCUAAGAAGAGUGAUCGACUACUGUCUGAGAGCGUUCGAGUGACAAAAGAGAAAGAAAAGCUACUAGCCAAUAUCACCGACCUUACUAAAGAGAGGGACGAAAUUCUGUCAGAGAGCAUUCGAUUGUCUAAAGAGAGAGAAGAACUACUCGCCAACAAAACCAAGGUCACUAAAGAGAGGGAUCGGCUACUGUCCGAGAGUAUUCGUUUGACAAGAGAAAGAGAAGAACUACUAGCCAACAGCACCAAGGUCACUAGAGAGAGGGAUUGGCUACUGUCCGAGAGUAUUCAAUCGUCAAAAGAGAGAGAAGAAUUACUAGCCAACAACACCAAGGUCACUAAAGAAAGGGAUUUGCUACUGUCCGAGAGUACUCGAUUGACAAGAGAGAGAGAAGAAGUACUAGCCAACAACUCCAAUGUCAUUAAAGAGAGGGAUUGGCUACUAUCAGAGAGCAUUCGAUUGUCAAAAGAGAGAGAAGAACUACUAGACAACAACACCAAAGUAACUAGGGAGAGGGACCAGCUACUAUCUGAGAGAUUUAGCUUGACAAAAGAGAGAGAAGAACUACUACACAACAACAGCAAUGUCAUUAAAGAGCGGGAUGAGAUAGGGUCCAAGAGCAUUCAAUUGAAAAAAGAAACAGAAGAGCUAAUAGCCAACAACACCGACCUCACUAAAGAGAGGGACCGGCUUUUUUCUGAAAACAUUCGAUUGACAAAGGAGAGAGAAGAAUUAUCCUCAAAUAUCUCUGACCUGAUUGAACAAAGAGAUCAGCUAACUAAGGAGAAAACUGAGCUGUCAAACAUGGAUGGAUGGGUUUACUUUCAGUCCAGUCUUUACUUCCUUUCCUCGUUGACAAAGAGCUGGGAGGAGAGCAGAAAAGACUGUAUAGCCAGAGGAGCAGAUCUGGUGAUUAUAAACAACGGAAAGGAGCAAGAGAUGGUUAACAUGAUUUGUGGUGAUGUUUUGGUUUGGAUUGGUCUGACUGAUAUUGAGGAAGAGGGCACAUGGAAAUGGGUUGAUGGCAGCAAACAGACCUCUGGUUUCAGGUAUUGGAGGUCUCGAGAACCUAAUGGAAACAGAAAAGAGAACUGUGUACUAACUGAUGCACACGGGUGGAUUGAUCAUCGAUGUCAUGAAGCGAAUAAAUGGAUCUGUGAGAAAACAAUGUGAUUCCUUUAUUAUGAUGCUACUUUAUUAUGUGAGAUGCAGGUUUAUGCAUCUCAUAUAAUAAACAUGAUUCAGAUGAAAUAAGUAAAAAUAACAACUGAAAAAUAAAUAGUAGUACUUGUAUACAGUUUCGUGCAAAGAUUUGGCCACCCCUCUGUGGCUGCAUAAUUAUGUGCUCUUUCUUUAUGAGAAGAUCACAGUGAAAUGCCAUUCGGUUUCUAGAGAAAGCUACAUAAUGUCAAGUUUUUCAGACAGAAAUAUGUAGGUUGUCAGUUAGAGCUGUGAACCUACACUAGUCUCACGGUUCGGUUCGGUUACGAUUAUCAUGCCUUCGAUUCG